UGGAAACGGAACUGAAAGUGGGCAGGGAAGGUGCGGUCCAUCUCCCCGGAACACCACCGGCUCCGAAGGAGAGCGGUUGAGCGGAUUGAUUGGCCAUUGAGCCCAGCCGGGUUCCCAACCCCUUCGUCCUGUGGAUGACUCUUGCUGCGUGGCCCCGAGGCUGCUGCUGCUGCUGCCGCCGGUGGGACUGUCCUAGGCGCCCAGGUGGGCACUGCAGGCCGUUCCCCUCCGCUGGAGAUGGAGGACCCCUUCGGGCCGGGCCGCAACCUCUCCAUCGUCCUGCUGCUGGGCCGGGGCCUUAACGCAUCCGCCUGGUCUGGGGAGGCGGGUUCCUGGCGGGCCCUCACACCUCCUCCUCCUCCUCUUCCUCCUCCGGCUCUUCCUCCUCCUCCUCCUCCUCCGGGGCCUCCUGGUCCUCCUCCUCCUCGUGCUCCUCGUCCGUCCCCUCCUCCUGUUCCUGGCGGUCCCCGGCGGGCGUUGGGGGGUGGCCGUCUGGUGUCGCUGGGGCUGGUGCUGGCGGCGGCCGCGGUGGGCAACGCGGCUCUGCUGGCCCGCCUGGGGGGCGUGGGGGCCUGGGUCGGCCGGGGCCGGGGGUCCCGGGGGUCCCGGGGGCUGGACUUGGGGCUGGCGCAGCUGGCCCUGGCCGACCUCUACCUGUGCGGGGGCCGGGUGGUCCCGCAGCUGCUGGCCGGGUGGUCCGGGGGAGGGUCCGGGGGGGACCCCGGGGGGAGUCCGUCGGAGUCGGCCUCCUGCCUCGUGCUGCGGCUGGUGCGGGCCUCGGGGGUCGUGGCCCCGGCCCUCAUGCUGGCCCUGCUGGCCCUGCUGGCCCUGGAGCGCCGGCCCCGCGGCCCGCCCCUGCCCGCCCGCGCCCUGGCCGCCCUGGCCUGGCUGCUCGCCCUGCUGCUCGCCCUGCCCCCGGCCCUGCUCGCCCGCCACGGGGCCCGGGGCAGCCCGGAGGCCUCCUCGGAGGCGGCGGCCCCGUGCGGCGACCGCCCCGGGCCCGGGCCGCGCUGGCCCGUGCAGCUCCUCGCCGUCUACGGGGCGGCCGCCGGCCUCGUCGCCCCGUUGGCCGUGCUGGCCGUGGCCUGCGGGCGCGUGGCCCGGGCCCCGAGGCCGAGCAGGAACCGGGACCCCCCGCCCCGGGCCCCGACUCCGGUCCUGACCCUGAGCCCAGCCCCGACCCCGGGCCCAGCCCUGACCCCAGGGCCAUCCCUGACCCCAGGCCCAACCUCGGCCCUGACCCCAGGCCCAGCCCUGACCCCGGGCCCAACCUCGGCCCUGACCCCAGACCCAACCGCAGCCCUGACCCCGGGCCCAGCCCCGACCCCUGCCCGGGCCCCGGCCCCGACCCCGGCCAGUCUCCCCCGGGCCAAGGUGCGCAGCCUGCACAUGACCCUGACCCUCGCCCUGCUCUUCGUGGCCUGCCAGCUGCCCUACUUCACGGCCGAGCUGGCGGCGGCCUGGGCGGCGGGACCCCCGGCCGGGGGCGAGGGCCUGGCGGCCGCCCUGGACAUCGUGGUGGCCACCCACAGCGCCCUCGACCCCUACGUCUGCCUCUUCUUCCAGCCCCGGGGCCGGCGACGGCGACGACGUCGGCGGCCGCUGGAAUCCUGCUGUUGCUGCCGCCCCCGCUGCCCCCGCCUGCCCGGGGCCCGGGACCGGGACCAGGCCCGGGACGAGGAGGACGAGGAGGCCGGGGGCGUCCAGCCCUUCCACCGAAGCCGCUGGCCCUUCCGCUACCAACACCCUCACCCGCGCCGCGGCCGCCCCCAAGGACUGGCCCCCUCCCCCCGGCAGCCCUCCUGCUCCUGCCAGAGCAUCUUCUAGGCGGCCGGAGAGACCCUCGGGGCCAGCGGACCCUCCUGGGGGCUGCCGAGGGGGGAGGGGUUGGACCUGCGCCCCCCCACCCCCACCCCCCGGACACGGACAAGGACGCGGCCCUGGGUGGGCUGUAGGAAUAACCCUUCUAGACUGUAGUCCCCUUCUAGACUCUAAACCCACUGUGGGCAGGGAUCGUCUCGCUUU